AAAUGUGUGCUUUCUCUCCACCUUCUCCAUUUCUUCAUCUGCAAUUCUCCCACUUGUCUCGCUCUGAUCCAUGGCUGGAACUCAACCCCCCACCCUCAGUCCCACCAUGAGUACGAGCUGUGAUGAUCAUGAUAUUCACCCUCUUGAACCGGGCAUGAAUUUCAAUAUUAUGGUCAUUGUUGCGGCCAUUCUGUGUGCCUUCGUUUGCGCUCUUGGACUCAACACCACGCUACAAUGCGUGUUUCAAUGCGCAAAUCGUGCCUUGACCGAGCCAGUCCAGUGGAUAGCCUCUCGGAGACUGAACUCGGGGCUGAAGAAGAAAGAAAUGGUGGCUUUGCCAACUUCGACUUACACCAAUUCAGGGUCUCCAUCUUCGGCUUCGGGUUGUGCAAUCUGCCUAGUGGAUUUCGCGGACGGGGAGAAGAUAAGGGUGCUGCCAAAGUGCAGCCACCGGUUUCACGUCGCAUGCAUUGAUAAAUGGCUCCUCUCUCACUCUUCUUGCCCUACCUGCCGCCAUCGCCUUAAAUCCAGCGACUGCAUGCCCCAUCUACAGAUUGUCACCGCCUAGUGAAUAUAUAAUAUAUAUAUAUAUAUAUAUAGAAAUAGCUAGAUAGGUAUAUCAUUCUUUUUGCCAUAGAGUUCUUAGCUAGGGAGAUCGUCUCAGCGGCCUUUGUGUAUAAG